UUCCGUUCUGUCUUCUUUCACAGUGACAGCUCCAGCAACUUUUCCCUGCACAUGCCGCUCAGAGGAAGUAUACAAUCUUCAAUCUCUCUCUCUCUCUCUCUCUCUCUCUCUCUCUGAGGAAAACGUCAAGACCUUGGAGACUUUAUCUCCUACCCACUCCUCCGCCUUCUUUCUCCCACAAGAACUUUCUAGAACUCGCAUAGCGCACGAUCAACAGAGUCACGGCUGAGGCACCAUGGACGGAGGUCUGUGCCUUCUUCCACAGCUCUUUCUUCGUCAUACAUUUUAGAAGCCUCUGCAAGUAUAAUGGAUAUCUGAGUUGGAUCGAAUCUCACAGUGCAGCCAUUCACCUCAGGGGCUCAAGCUCACUUUGCCGGUGAGGCUGCUGGAUGAAGCCAGGAAUCAGGAGGAACUUUGGAACAUUCUGAGGGACAUGUCCAACUGGCUGGAGAAUGGAUCUAAGCAGUGGUAACUGCACCGAGAGGAUGCUUCUGCUCGGGGUGGCCUCUAACCCCCACCAUGAUCUCCAAGAUCUCCGCCACAAGGGUAAAAUUGUCUUUCAGAAGACGCUUGGACGGUGUUUCAGCGGUCCAAACAGAGGGGCAAACUAUGCCAGCGGCACCAGAGCCCCUCCCUCUAGUGAGGCUCCUCCCCCUUGGUCUGAAAGCCCCUCCCGCUCCAGGCAGGCACACCCCCAGACUGCUAGUCUGUCCUGGCAGGCUGCGAUCAAUGCUGCGAGAAGCGCCAAGGGUGACAACCCCCAGACGAUGAGCGGGCAGUCGGUGGCAGGUUCCACACCUGUGGGUUCCCUGUCCCAGAGGAAAAGGCAGCAGUACGCCAAAAGCAAGAAGCAGGGCAGCUCCACCAACAGCAGGCCUCCACGGGCACUCUUCUGCCUCACCCUCAACAACCCUAUACGCAGGGCCUGCAUCAGUCUGGUGGAGUGGAAACCUUUUGAUAUCUUUAUAUUACUCUCUAUUUUUGCCAACUGUGUGGCCUUAGCUGUUUAUGUCCCUUUCCCUGAAGAUGAUUCCAAUUCAACCAAUCAUGACCUGGAAACAGUAGAAUAUGCCUUCCUGAUCAUUUUCACUAUAGAGACCUUUCUGAAGAUCAUAGCCUACGGACUGGUGAUGCACCAGAACUCCUAUGUUAGAAACGGCUGGAACAUGCUGGAUUUUGUAAUUGUCAUAGUGGGCCUGUUCAGCGUGGUCCUGGAAUUGAUGACCAAAGAAGGCGAUUCAAGCCAGUCUGGAGGGAAACCUGGCGGGUUUGAUGUUAAAGCCCUGCGAGCAUUCCGAGUGCUCCGCCCCCUCCGCCUCGUCUCAGGAGUGCCCAGUUUACAGGUAGUGCUGAACUCCAUCAUUAAAGCUAUGGUUCCUCUGCUGCACAUCGCUCUGCUUGUACUCUUUGUCAUCAUCAUCUAUGCCAUCAUAGGCCUGGAACUCUUCAUUGGAAAGAUGCAUUCCACCUGUUACAUAAACGGCACACGUACGUUAGCAGAAGAAGAACCUGCUCCAUGUUCAUUGUCAGGCCAUGGGCGCCACUGUACUGUUAAUGGCACCGUAUGUAAAGACGGCUGGCAGGGGCCCAACAAUGGCAUCACCAACUUUGACAACUUCCUGUUCGCUAUGCUCACGGUGUUCCAGUGUAUAACCAUGGAGGGCUGGACGGAAGUACUGUAUUGGAUGAAUGAUGCUAUGGGUUUUGAACUGCCAUGGGUCUACUUCGUCAGUCUGGUCAUUUUUGGUUCCUUCUUCGUCCUCAAUCUCGUUUUGGGUGUUCUCAGUGGAGAGUUCUCUAAAGAGCGAGAGAAGGCAAAGGCUCGCGGAGACUUCCAGAAGCUUCGGGAGAAGCAGCAGCUAGAGGAAGACCUGAAAGGCUACCUGGACUGGAUCACUCAGGCCGAGGACAUCGACCCUGAGAACGAUGAGGAAGGAGACCAGGAGGGUAAACGCAACCGGGUGACGAUGGCCGAUCUCACCCAGAAGAAGAAGGCAGGGAAGUCUGGCUGGUUCAGUCAGUCCACAGAGACUCAGGCGAGCAUGCCUACCAGUGAGACCGAAUCUGUUAACACGGACAACCCAAACGGAGAGGAUGACAAGGCCCGCUGCUGUGGACCCAUCUGUCAAAAAAUUACAAAGUCAAAGUUCAGUCGUAGCUGGCGACGGUGGAACAGGUUCUGCCGUCGGAAAUGCAGAGCAGCAGUUAAAUCUACCACCUUCUAUUGGCUGGUUAUUCUCCUGGUGUUCCUUAAUACUCUCACCAUAUCCUCAGAACACUACAACCAACCUGAGUGGCUCACCGAAGUACAAGAUGUGGCCAAUAAGGUGCUGUUGGCCAUGUUCACGUGUGAGAUGCUGAUUAAAAUGUACAGUCUGGGGCUGCAGGCGUAUUUUGUGUCUCUGUUCAACCGCUUCGACUGUUUCGUUGUGUGUGGUGGCAUCAUGGAGACCAUCCUGGUGGAGCUGGAGAUAAUGUCGCCUCUUGGCAUCUCCGUCUUCCGCUGCGUCCGUCUGCUUCGGAUCUUUAAGGUCACGCGUCACUGGGCAUCUCUGAGUAACUUAGUUGCAUCUCUGUUGAACUCCAUGAAGUCCAUUGCAUCCUUGUUGCUGCUGCUCUUCCUCUUCAUCAUCAUCUUCAGUCUGCUCGGCAUGCAGCUCUUCGGUGGAAAAUUUAACUUUGAUGAGACGGUGACCAAGAGGAGCACCUUUGACAACUUCCCUCAAGCCUUGCUCACUGUCUUUCAGAUCCUGACAGGUGAGGAUUGGAACACAGUAAUGUAUGAUGGGAUCAUGGCAUAUGGAGGCCCUUCUUCCUCUGGCAUGGUGGUGUGCAUUUACUUCAUCAUCCUCUUCAUCUGUGGAAACUACAUCCUGCUGAAUGUCUUCUUGGCCAUCGCUGUGGACAACCUGGCAGAUGCGGAGAGUCUGAACUCAGCACAGAAAGAGGAAGAGGAGAAGAACAAGAGGAGGAAGAGAGCCAGGAGUGGUAGCACAGACAAGAAAGAGGAGAAAAAGCCUGAAGGUCAAGAUGAAGAAACUAAGAUUCCAUUAGAGGAGCAGGCCACGGAUGAGGAGAGAGAAGCAGCAGUUCAAUCUAUAGGUGCACUGUGUGAGGAUGAUGAGGAUGAGCCUGAGGUUCCAUCAGGACCCCGUCCUCAGAGGCUGUCAGAGCUUAGCCUCAAAGAGAAGACUCCACCCAUUCCAGAGGGCAGCGCCUUCUUUAUCUUCAGCAGUACAAAUCCGAUCCGUGUGAGCUGCCAUCGUCUGAUCAACCACCAGAUUUUUACCAACCUCAUCCUCGUCUUCAUCAUGCUCAGCUCAGUGUCCCUGGCAGCUGAGGACCCCAUUAGGAGCUUCUCCACACGGAACAUCAUUCUUGGUUAUUUUGACUAUGCCUUCACGGCUAUCUUUACAGUAGAGAUCCUACUGAAGAUGACAGCUUUUGGGGCAUUUCUACACAAAGGAGCAUUCUGCAGAAACUACUUUAACCUGCUGGAUCUGCUGGUUGUUGGAGUCUCUUUGGUGUCCUUUGGGAUACAGUCCUCAGCCAUCUCUGUGGUGAAGAUUCUCAGAGUGCUGCGUGUGCUGAGGCCACUAAGAGCCAUCAACAGAGCCAAAGGACUGAAACAUGUCGUACAGUGUGUGUUUGUGGCCAUCAGAACCAUUGGCAACAUCAUGAUCGUCACCACUCUCUUGCAAUUCAUGUUCGCCUGUAUUGGGGUGCAGCUUUUCAAGGGGAAGUUCUACCGUUGCACAGAUGAAGCUAAGUCAAGUCCAGAAGAAUGCAAGGGGACUUACAUUUUGUAUAAUAUUGGCGAUAAUGCAUUGCCGCAAGUGCGGGAGAGGAUCUGGUACAACAGUGACUUUAACUUUGACAAUGUCCUGAUGGCUAUGAUGGCCCUCUUCACUGUGUCUACCUUUGAGGGCUGGCCAGCACUCUUAUACAAGGCCAUAGACUCAAACCGAGAGAACAUGGGGCCCAUCUACAACUACCGUGUAGAGAUUUCCAUCUUCUUCAUCAUUUACAUCAUCAUCAUUGCCUUUUUCAUGAUGAACAUCUUUGUGGGUUUCGUCAUUGUCACCUUCCAGGAACAGGGAGAGAAAGAGUAUAAGAACUGUGAGCUGGACAAAAACCAGCGUCAGUGUGUGGAGUAUGCUUUGAAAGCACGUCCAUUGCGGAGAUACAUUCCUAAGAACCGCUAUCAGUACAAGUUCUGGUAUGUGGUAAACUCCACUGGCUUUGAAUACGUCAUGUUCAUCCUCAUCAUCCUCAACACACUCUGCCUGGCCAUACAGCAUCAUGGCCAGUCUCAUCUCUUUAACUAUGCCAUGGACAUUCUCAACAUGGUGUUCACAGGAGUCUUCACAGUAGAAAUGAUCCUCAAACUCAUCGCCUUCAAACCCAGGGGUUAUUUUGGUGAUGCCUGGAAUGUGUUUGAUGCCCUGGUCGUGAUUGGCAGCGUAGUAGACAUCAUUCUGAGUCAGGUAGAUCAGACUGAAGCUCCCAUAGUUGUGGCAGUGGAGCAAGGGAAUACAGAGGACAGCGCUCGCAUUUCCAUCACAUUCUUUCGUUUAUUCCGAGUCAUGCGUUUGGUCAAAUUGCUGAGUAGAGGCGAGGGCAUUCGAACACUUCUCUGGACUUUCAUCAAGUCGUUUCAGGCUCUGCCCUAUGUUGCUUUGCUGAUAGCCAUGCUCUUCUUCAUCUAUGCUGUCAUUGGGAUGCAGGUGUUUGGGAAGAUUGCAAUGGUGGACGGCACCAGCAUCAACCGCAACAACAACUUCCAGACUUUUCCGCAAGCUGUACUCCUGCUGUUUAGGUGUGCUACAGGGGAGGCUUGGCAGGAGAUCAUGCUAGCAUGUUUGCCUGGUAAACUGUGUGACUCAGAGUCUGACUACAACCCUGGUGAAGAGAGAACCUGCGGCAGUGGUUUUGCAAUCAUUUAUUUCAUCAGUUUCUACAUGCUCUGUGCUUUCCUGAUCAUCAAUCUGUUUGUGGCUGUCAUCAUGGACAAUUUUGACUAUCUGACACGUGACUGGUCAAUCCUGGGACCCCAUCAUUUGGAUGAAUUCAAAAGGAUUUGGUCAGAAUAUGACCCAGAGGCUAAAGGCAGGAUUAAACACUUGGAUGUGGUGACAUUACUGCGUAGGAUCCAGCCACCACUAGGCUUUGGCAAACUGUGUCCCCACCGGGUGGCAUGCAAGAGGCUGGUGGCCAUGAAUAUGCCUCUAAACAGUGAUGGCACAGUCAUGUUCAACGCCACUCUCUUUGCUCUGGUCAGAACUGCACUGAAGAUCAAGACCGAAGGAAAUUUGGAACAGGCCAAUGAGGAAUUGAGGGCUGUAAUCAAGAAAAUCUGGAAGAGAACUAGUAUAAAACUCCUGGAUCAAGUGGUCCCCCCUGCAGGAGAUGACGAGGUAACAGUGGGGAAGUUCUAUGCCACUUUCCUGAUACAGGACUACUUUAGGAAAUUCAAGAAACGCAAAGAGCUAGGUCUUGUGGGACGGCACAACACCAACUUGAACACUACCAUUGCGCUACAGGCUGGUCUUCGCACACUACAUGAUAUCGGCCCUGAGAUUCGCAGAGCCAUAUCCUGUGACUUACAAGAUGAAGGCCUGGUGGACUUCAACCCUGAUGAGGAAGAAGAAAUAUACAGGAGAAAUGGUGGUCUCUUUGGAAACCACUUGAAUCAUGUAAAUGGAGACCACCGAGGCCCCACCCAUUCCACUAAUGUUACAAAGCGACCACUACAAGUCCCACCUGUUCCUUUCUACAUCCAGGUGGAUCCCCCUCCACACCCACUCUACUCCCCAAAUCAGGAUUUUCACCCCUGCUCCCAUUCAAACCCCAACUCUAUAUACCUUAAAUCUCCCAAAUCUUCAAACUCCAACCUCAACAAUGCCAACGUGCCAUGCGGGCCCACCUUGUCCAUUGGUGGGCAGUGUCCAUCUCAUGCUGAUGGGCCCAGGAGCCGGGUCUCUUCCCUGGGUUCCUACCUCAACCUCAGGAGCGAUGGAGAAUCACACCAAAAGUCUCAUUUUAAGAGACCACGUUACUAUGAGACCUACAUUAGGUCAGAUGCGACAGCUGGUUGCUAUCCCACAAUCUGCCGAGAAGACUCCACCCAUGAUCCACCCAGCGAUGAUGAUAGAGCCUCAGGGGAGUACUACAGCGGAGAGGAGUAUCACGAGGAAGACCUAAUGCUUUCAGGGGACAGGUCGCACAGAGAGUAUCAGGACACCGUCAGUGAUUUUGAGCCAGAUACUCCCGAUGGGUACCAGGAGUGUUUUUAUGAUGAUGACGAGCAGCCCAUUUUCCAGGAACCCAAGAAGUCACCCAAGAGGAGGCUUCUCCCCUCAACGCCCCAAACUCCUCUCCGGCCUUCCUUCAACUUUGAAUGUUUGCGCAGACAAAGCAGCCAGGAUGAGAUCCCCCUUUCUCCCUCGUUUCAUCAUCAUACCGCUCUACCUCUGCAACUAAUGCAGCAUCAGGUGAUGGCUGUAGCUGGACUGGACUCCAGCCGACUCUCUCCUACUCGCUCUAUCCACUCAUGGGUCACACCCCCAGCCACGCCCCCAUCGUACACCCCUCUGAUUCAGGUUGACUGGCAUGGAGCAUCGCCCAGCACCUGCAGCACUCCAGCACUUGCACGCCGCAGCUCCUGGUACACCCAGCAGGGCCAUGACAAGUCCCACAGAUCAGCUACACCCACCCGCUCCCACCUGCAAAUCCCACCUGGCUACUGCAGUCAGUACCUGCAGCAGAGAGGCAGUGCUCAUAGUCUGGUAGAGGCGGUAUUGAUAUCAGAGGGACUUGGAAAAUAUGCAAAGGACCCAAAGUUUGUGGCAGCAACAAAACAUGAGAUUGCCGAUGCCUGUGAGAUGACCAUUGACGAGAUGGAAAGUGCCGCUAGCAAUUUGCUGAAUGGUAGUCUAGGUGAUGUGGCAGGAUCAGACAGCACAGGGACAUCCCAGAGCAACACGGAUCGUAAUCUCCAUGACUACAGUGAUGAAGAAGUGGAGCCAAGCAGCAAGUAUGAGGAGGACCUCACAGAUGAAAUGAUAUGCAUCUCAAAUUUAUAGCAUUUUCUUUUUUAAAAAAGUACAAAAAAAGGAAAAAACAAAACAAAACAAAACAUAAACUACGAAAGAAGUAAUAGUGCCUUUUAGGGGAGUGGAGACCAGAAGUCUCUCUGGGUUGAUCAACCAAGCAAAAUUCUAUUCUUAGCCAUCCAUCUUUCAACAAGCUGACACUCUGGUACAUGGCUUGCUACAGGGAAAUAGUUAGACAUGAGAAAUGUGAGGAAAGCUCUGAAAUGCGUGUUUCUUUUCCAAAAGGCUUUCAAAGUAUAUUUUUCCACAUUCUUUACAUAUCAACCAAAAACGUCUCCUUUUGCAGUCAUAUCCCUCUCCAUUGCCUUACCCAUGUGCACAAAAGACAUGAGAGUAAAACUGAAGUUAGACAUAGUUUUGUACACUGCUAUUCACUGCCCAUUCCAAAUGUCACUCAAUAAGAGGCCACAAAACAGCUCAUUAAAACUGCUCAGCAAUAUAUCAUAUACACCAACCAUAUUAUCAAACUUGAAAGACAGACUUCUUUUUACUCCCUCAUGCAUAUGCAGCUCAGACCAGGCAAGUUUUUCCCCAGCUUUAAUAGACCAUUUUAAAUUCACUAGAUGAUUACAGAAAAUUAUGAAUUAGUCUUUAUACAGAUGAUCUUUAGUAUAUUUUACUAAAAGAAAAAAAACUUCCCACAAGUAUAGCAAUAUUCCCUGCUUUUGGAAAACGAUAAAAUGAUGGCGCUACAGAAGCUUAAUGUAAAUGUUGAUUUUGCCUUUUUAUCAUGGUUAAUAUUUCAGUCUAGCCAUGCGAAGAUGGCCUGAGCCAAUGUGAAAGCAAAAUGCACACGAUAUGCAUAAGACCUACUUGUAACAGCUCCCAAAAAUGAUAUAGUAUGUGCUCACGAAACCUUGAUUUGAUCAAAAAACAUUUUUCAAGCAGGUACACGUUUGACUGAGAUAACACAAAAAAUGUCAUUUUUUGGGAAGUGAUGUACAUUGGAGGAUGUGCUUUUGUGCAUAUUGUGUGCAUAUUAAGUGCACACGUAGAUUUAUGCAUUACUAAUGCUGCUUUACAUGUUGACACAAGAAACCAUUUUGUACUAACAGAAAAACCACUUAAUCACAUUCAAGUACCGCGUUUUCUCCAAGAUGCUUAUCUAGAACAGGCAAUGUACUGUUUUCAUGUUGGAGGCUUUUGUUGUUCAGAAACUUUUAUACUUUUCAUGUAUUUUUUUUCAAAGAACGCAUGUGAAACAUUCUAUUGUCCUUGUCACGCACUCCUACUCCUCAGGUGAAGUACUACCUACACGUCUGCACUACCCAAUAGCUGCUAACUCCACACUGCACCUCUGCUACCUCUACCAGUCAGGGUCUAGCAAAGUCAGCAUGUUCCCUUUGUGACCAAAGACAUUGGGAUAGAAAGCGCAAAAUCCUCAGAAACCAGAACUCAGUGCUGAACCAGUUAGCCAUUGCCCUUCUCGCGUACCCACAAGAACCAGAUUGUUACCAAAACUGCUCCCUCAAAAGCUGCAUGUGUCUCAUCCUGUCAUUUACAAGCUGCUGUCUGAGAGGGCUUUCUGAGUGAGGAGGAGCCAUACUUCCUCCAUAAAUGUGGUUAUCAAUGAAUGGAAGCUGGUGGGUAACAAGUGUCUAGGAGCUUUCGUUCAUGGUUAGCAGGUUAACAAUUCACAUAAUGCUCUCCAAUCAGCUAAAAGUCUACCAACUAAUUAAUGAGUGCAAUAAGAGCAAACAUGGUUGAAUCAGUGUGAACAGUUAUUUGAAGGGCCUAAAUGUUGAUCGUCAGCCUUGAGGACGUAGGAAACACCAUAAACAGGCACUGCUGCUAGUGCCUGCUGAAUCAUCACCCACUUUUUAGGGUGCCAACUCCCAGGACAUUUGUAUCUUGAUCUUCAAACAAAUGAAACCCUUUGUUUGCUGAGCCAUACAGCUUUCUUCACCCUUUCAUUCUUGCCUAGAGAACUUUUAACCUACAAAAAAAACUGCCUUUAUGCACUUUUUCCAAGCAACUGUACAUAAGAGACUCUUUUAUAAACUACAUUUGAUGAAAUGUCACAUUUGUCCAGGUGAGUAUACAUUACAUAUCAGUGUUUUUACUUCAGAGUCAGUUUGUAUGCUCCAUUCGUCGUCUCCUAUUCUAGUGAAAUUCCAGGGAUGGAUUUUGUUUA